UAUACUAUUGGCGCGGCGGCCUUUUCCCACAACCCCCCGCGGCCGCCCUCACACAGGACCAAAAUGGCGGACAGCGCAGCAUCGGUUGAAAUCGUUGAGGGCUGCCGCCUUCCAGUUCUUCGCAAAAACCAGGAGAAUGAGGACGAGUGGCCACUGGCCGAGAUCCUCAGUGUCAAGGACAUCCCUGGGAGGAAGCUCUACUAUGUCCAUUACAUCGACUUCAACAAGCGUCUGGACGAGUGGGUCACCCCUGACCGGUUGGACGUCAAGAAGCUCCAGUUCCCCAAGAAGGAGGCCAAGACGCCCACCAAGAACGGGCUGCCCGGCUCGCGGCCUAGCUCCCCAGAGAGGGAGGGGGUGAGGGCCGCCCCCGCCCCCCAGGACGGCCAGGCCGGCAGCGUCCCGGGCCGGGCCGCGUCCCAGACCGGCGAGUCCUUCUCCGUCAGACCGUCCCAGGUGGCCACCCGGAAAAGUCUCGAUCUUAACCUACAAUCAGCCACAGCCCCGUCCAGAGGCAAAACCCUCCCCACACCGAAACGGAAAGCGGAGUCCGCCUCGCUGGCGACGCAGGCGUCCCCGGCGACCCCGGUGCCGUCGCUGCCGGACUCGGCCGAGGCCUCACAGGGGUCAGCGUACCCGGCAGGACGCCACGGCAACGCCUUCAACAACAAGGGGCGGGACGACCACGACCCGCUGUCCCUGCUCACCACGAACGGCACGGCGCGCCGCCUCAUCCCCUCGCAGCCCGGCAGGAAGAGGAAGGCCAACUGCGGAGGAGGCGAUGAGAUGGUGAAGGUCUUCCAGUACGCCAGCCCCCGGUGUGCCAACGUGUUUCAACCACAAGCCGAGGACUCUCAGGACAGCUCGGACGGCGUUCCCACGGCGCCCCGUAUGACGGGCAGCCUGGUGUCAGACCGUAGUCACGACGACAUCGUGACGCGGAUGAAGAACAUCGACUGCAUCGAGCUGGGCCGCCACCGUCUCAAGCCCUGGUACUUCUCCCCGUACCCCCAGGAGCUCACCGCACUGCCCAUCCUCUACCUCUGUGAAUUCUGCCUCAAGUACCUCAAGAGCCUCAAGUGUCUGCAGAGGCACCUGACUAAAUGCAAUCUUCGUCAUCCUCCCGGCAACGAGAUCUACCGGAAAGGCACCAUUUCCUUCUUUGAGAUCGACGGCAGAAAAAACAAAACGUACUCCCAGAACCUCUGCCUGCUGGCCAAGUGCUUCCUGGACCACAAGACGCUGUACUACGACACGGACCCCUUCCUGUUCUACGUCAUGACCGAGUACGACGCCAAGGGCUUCCACAUCGUGGGCUACUUCUCCAAGGAGAAGGAGUCCACAGAGGACUACAACGUAGCCUGCAUCCUCACGCUGCCCCCCUACCAGCGCCGCGGAUACGGCAAGCUGCUCAUCGAGUUCAGCUACGAGCUGUCCAAGGUGGAGGGCAAGACGGGGACGCCGGAGAAGCCGCUGUCGGACCUGGGCCUGCUGUCGUACCGGUCCUACUGGUCCCAGACCAUUCUGGAGAUCCUCAUGGAGCUGAAGCCGGACAACGGGGAGCGGCCCCAGAUCACCAUCAAUGAGAUCAGCGAGCUGACCAGCGUGAAGAAGGAGGACGUCAUCUCCACGCUGCAGUACCUCAACCUCAUCAACUACUACAAGGGUCAAUACAUCCUGACGCUGUCCGAGGACAUCGUGGAGGGCCACGAGAGGGCCAUGCACAAGAGGCACCUGCGCAUCGACCCCAAGUGUCUGCACUUCACCCCCAAAGACUGGAGCAAGAGGGGCAAAUGGUAGAGGCCCCGGCAGAGGGCCUCUGGAUCUCUCUUCACCCCGCUGUAACUGAAACGUUAGAUGAGCUCCAGACCCACAGGUCAGGGAGGCAGUAUUCAGAACCUUCUACCUCUGGAGAUAUGAACACCUUGGGGUGCGCCGUCUGUGUCGUGCAUUUCUCAGUUUUUAAAAAAAGAACUAGAGUAGAAUUCUAGGUGAACACUAAAUAUUGGAAAGGUUCCCCGCCAGGGUGGGGAACCUUUACGCCCGGUUGGGGAACCUUUACGCCCGGGCGUGGAACCUUUACGCCCGGGCGUGGAACCUUUACGCCCGGGCGUGGAACCUUUACGCCCGGGCGUGGAACCUUUACGCCCGGGCGUGGAACCUUUACGCCCGGGCGUGGAACCUUUACGCCCGGGCGUGGAACCUUUACGCCCGGGCGUGGAACCUUUACGCCCGGGCGUGGAACCUUUACGCCCGGGCGUGGAACCUUU